AUGCUGCUAAAUUACCUCUCAGCGUUGCUGUUAGCCAUCACGACCUUCAGCCACGCCCAACAGCUCCCUCUCCGCGAACCAUCGGAACAAGAAGCUGUUCCAGUGCUCUCCGGCGCCUCUUCCCGCGACCUCCUCAGCCUGCACCGCGAGCUAGUUUCCUUCGAGUCCAUUACCGGCAAUGAGUAUGAAGCAGGUCAAGCACUGGUUGACUACCUCGAGUCCAAGCAUUUCACAGUUGAGCGACAGGAAGUGUCCCACAAGCGCUUCAACGUCCUCGCCUAUACCGGAAAGAACAAGUAUACGAAGACGCUCCUGACAAGCCAUAUCGACACCGUGCCCCCCUUCAUACCCUACACCCACCCCCCCCCCACCCACGCCCACCCCGCCCGCAUCUCCGGCCGCGGCACCGUCGACGCCAAAGCCUGCGUCGCAGCCCAGAUAAUCGCAGUCCGCAAGCUACUCUCCGACAAGUCUCUUUCUUUCCCUUCCGAUGCGCUCUCGCUCCUCUUCGUCGUCGGCGAAGAGACCGGCGGCGAUGGCAUGCGCGCCUUCUCAAAUACUCUAGCUGGCAGCGGCCACAACUACAGCACCGUUAUCUUCGGCGAACCGACAGAAGGGAAACUAGCGAGCGGGCAUAAGGGUAACCUGGGGUUCAGGGUCAAGGUGGCGGGCAAGGCGGCGCAUUCCGGGUAUCCGUGGUUGGGCGUCAGCGCGAACGAUGUGCUGAUUGAAGCGCUGGCGAUCUUGAGAAAGAUGGCGGAUGGGAGGCGGUUGCCGAGCUCGGAGAAGUACGGCAACACGACUCUUAACAUUGGGACGAUUGAGGGCGGAGUUGCGGCGAAUGUGGUUGCGGAGAAGGCGGAGGCGAACAUUGCGGUGAGGGUUGCGGGCGGGACGCCGGCGGAUUCAAGGAAGGCGGUUGAGGAUGCGUUGGCGGGGGUGAAGAAGGCGGCGGAGGGAAGGGGGGGCAGAUUGGAGGUGGUGUGGGGGAGUGAGGGAUAUGGGCCUGUGGAUAUCGAUUGCGAUGUCAAGGGCUUCGAGUGCAUCACGGUGAACUACGGUACGGAUAUACCGAACCUGAAGGGAAGCCAUAAAAGGUAUCUGUAUGGGCCAGGCAGCAUCUUAGUUGCGCACGGGCCGAACGAGGGACUAGAGGUGAAGGAGUUGGAAAGGGCAGUCAUCGACUACGAGAAGCUCAUCAAGGCCUCGUUGGGCAUGUAG